AUGAAACUUUUUCAUCGUUUCCGGAAAGUGCUUAUGCGUUUUGUUUUCUCUGGUAAUUCUCAUCAUAGUUCUUCAACAAAGGAUCACUCAUCAAGACACAGAAAUUCUGAAAGGUUUGAACCACCAAAGACUUCAUGCAGUUCUUAUUAUUCAUCUUAUUCUCAUUACAACGAAGCUAUUUCUGAUUGUAUUGAGUUUUUCAAUAAAGAAGGUGUUUUGGAUGGUAGAAAAUCAGAUUUUAAUGUGUAA